CCUUGCCGAUGACGGUCGCGCCGUCACGUGACCGGGGCGCGCGCACGUGGUGUCGCUGGCGGCGGUGACCCCUGACCCCGCGAGCGGUGCCCACAGAGAUGUGAGGGGAGACCGGUGGUGAGCCUCCCCGUCAGAAGAGGGGAGAGAGGGGAAGCAGAGAGGAGGCGCCCGCCGUGAGUGUCGGGGCAGCGAUGGAGGCCGAGUCCGCCUCGGAGGCGGCGACCACGGCGGACGAACAGCUCCACCACGCGCUGACUCUCAGCGAUGGCAUCCCGGAGGAUGAGGUGACGCCUGCUGCCAGUGAGGGCUUCGUGGGUGCCGCCGGGCACUGCCUGACGGAGGGGAAAGUGGCGCUGGUUUUGGAUGCCUUGCGGGAUCCGCGCUAUACGGGUGUGGUGAGGAGCGCCGCGUGGAGCCUCGUCUCGCCCCUCGUGGAGCAACUGUCGCGUGAAGCGGCCACGUCCGACGGGCACGAGGCGUGCGAGGCUUGCCUGCGCGCCGUGGUUCAGGAGUGCAGCCCGAGGGAGCUGAUGCUGGGUUUGCUGGAGGCCCUGGAGGCCUCGCCGGUGGAGUCCAGCGCCCGUACCACCCUGCUGCUGCUGCCACAUGUGAACACAGUGGUGUCGCGGCUGCGGACGGGCCGGGCCUACUCGCUGGGCUUGUUUCUCUCGGGGGCCGUGAGCGCCACCAAGGCCCUGCCGCUGCCUCACACGGCCCAGCAGCGGCGGGCCGACGCGCACUCCCUGCUGCGGGCCCACGCGGCCCUCGCCGAUGCCGUGCGGCCUUACGUCAUGCGGGCCGGCGGCUCCCCCGCGGGCCGCGACGCGCCUCCCGGCGCCGCCGGCGGCGCCGAGCGCGAGGAGCUGAGGCAGGAGCUGCUGCGUUACUGCGCGUGCGUGCUGGAGUACCCGCUGCUGCCGGCCGUGAUGGACGCGCUGCCCGAGGAGGAGGACGAGGCCGAGGAGUUCCCCCUGUGCGGCACGGCACAGGCGCUGCUGGGCCACAUGACGGUGCUGGGAGUGUCUCCCUCGGGGCUGGUGAUGGCAGGGGAGGGGACCAGGAGGGGCGGGGGGCACAGCGUGGGCGUGGUGGGGGGCGAGAUGGAGGAGGGGGACCGGCGGUUCAGCAGCGACGCGCUCUGCUGCCUGGCUCACCUGCUGCUGGUGCAGCGCCUCCACGUGUUCCCAGCUGUGUACAGUUCGGAGUUCCUGUUGCAGAGGACCCUCUGCUACGUGUCGGCCAUGCUGCAGACGAAUGAAGAGGCCGUCACGCUGAAGGGAAUGGCCCUGCUGGAGUGGGCGCUGGGACAAGCGGCGCCGCGGGCGCUGGGACGGCCGCUACUGGAGCUGCCGGUCUUCUUACAGCUGCCACAGAACCUGAUCAAGGUGAUGACGCUGUGUCCUGCAGAGCAGCUGCGCAGGCGCAGCCUGAGUCUGUUCCAGUCGUACCUGGACCGCUUCGAGCCGGCUGCCAUGCACACACUGUACAGGGUGCUGUUCAGGACAAGCUCCCACGCGGGGGUCGCCGGCUUCCUCAUCCACGCGGUCAAGACGCAGGUCGACCUCGCGCUUAAGGGCUCCACCGACGGGGACAGGGCCUGCUUCCUGGGCCCUUCGCUCGUGCCGCUGCUGCACUCGGCGCUCUCCCUGGAGCACGGAGCCGAGACCGACCUCCUGCAGGGAUCCGACCGUGUGAUGGCCGGGCUCAAUCUGCUGAGGUACCUGGUGAUACGUGACCCCCCGUGGGAGAACCGGACGUGUGUGUGGACCGAGUUGAGCCGCCUGGAGGAGCGCUUCCUGCGGCCUCUGCGCACGGGGCUGUCGCUGUCGCGGGCGCACUACGACAACGAGCUGACGCGCUCGCGAAGUGGGGACACGCAGAGAGACUCGGUCACGGACGGCGCGGGGCUCUCCGUCAGCGUGGGCGGCGACCCCCUUCCCAGCAUGCCCCUGAAGCAACGUGCACAGGUUCUGCAGUCGGCCCUCUUCACCUUUGACCUCAUGGAGAGCGUGAUGGUGCGCCUGGAGGAGCUCAUAGAGGCGGAGCAGAAACCUCCACUCUGCGUCACCGGCCACCCCCUCGAGACGCUGGCAGGACUCCCCCUAGAGGCACCGGCCACCCCCUAGAGGCACCGGCCACCCCCUAGAGGCACCGGCCACCCCCUAGAGGCACCGGCCACCCCCUAGACGUACUGGCCGGACCCCCCUAGAGGCAGUGGAACACCACGGCGACCAGCGAGAGAAAACCUGACGUGACUGCAUCACACGCGACGGACGCCUCGAGAAGAACGGCGUCGCCGCUUCCUUCCCUCCCCCCCCCUCCAUCCUCCCGCACGAUCCUCGCCACCCGGCGCACCGCGUGGGCACGGCGGCCUCCUCGCCCACCCGCCAGGAACGGUUUCGUUCCGCUCACUCCGUCCCAGAGGCAACCGCGAGCCCCCCACCCCUCCCCCCCCCCCCCCCCCCAAGCCGGCCGCACGGCACGGCGGCGCCGGAGCAUCUCCCCCCACCUCCUCCCCGCCCCCACCACCGCGAGCCCCCCCGACCCCCCCCCGAGCGUUUGGCACCGGCGCUCGUUGGGCGCUCGCCACGUGAACCAACUCUGCACUUUGGUCCACGGGAGUGCGGAGAGGAAGAGUGAACGCGAGCAGCUGUCUAGGCCAGUAAGUGGUGGCGGUGGCUACGCUGUUGCACGCGGCUGCCUGUAACACAGCUGUGUGGAGGCGGUAGCGAGGGUUGGUGGAUCAAACACAGAUGGUGUGAAACGCCCAUCUCGUGGGCGUCGACGAGGAGCCCCUGCCGUGUCUCUGCCAGGAGAAGGCUGUAGAGCAAAAAAUGUGGACCCCACCUGUCCAGUCUGUACGGGAUUGAGCGUUUCCCCUUCACACAGGUGUGGGUUUUCUCCAGGUGCUGCGGUUUCCUACCACGCUUGUAAACACUCACUAAAUGGGUGACAACUCACUACUAUGCAGAAGAUCACAGAGCUUGGGCCACUGUUUGUAGCGCAGUUUAGCAGCGUGGUUUGCAGCUGCCCUCUCGCAGCUGCAAACCACGCGCCUCUUGUGUCGUUCUCCCUCGAUGAGAGUGCACAAAAUCGACAUUGCCAUGAGGUGGCUUGCCACUGAACUGGUCGUUUGGGCUCCCGUUCCGUCAGUCGCACUCACGCUCGUGUACGCAGUGUAGGGGGGUGAGAAACGGAUAUCUCUCGUUGCGCGUCUUCAGAGUAUUCCGAGGGCUUUUAAAUGAAGACGAGACUCGACGGGAACCCCGCGCGUGUCUUGUGUCCGGCUGAAGGUUUCUAAUAAAAGCAAAGCGCUGGUGGAAA